AUGCGGGCGGCGGAGAUCUGGGCGGCGGCGGCGGUUGCGGGCGCGGGGCGGGGCGGGGUGCAGGUGGCCGGCGACGGCGGUGGCGGGCGCGGGGGGGGGGGGGGGCGCGGGACGGGGCGCGGCGGUGGCAAGGGCGGCGAGCAGUGGCGGCGGUCGGGGGAGAGAAUGAGAGAAGAUAGGGGUUCUGUUGAUUUGGCUGGCCAGCCGGUCCGUUUCGGACGGCAGGCACGGAUACGGAUCCGCGAGACACCGACGGAGCGUGUGGAGCUGCCGGAUGCGAUGAGUUGGACGUGCGAGCGAUCGACCGCGCGAUGCUACCACCGAGAGGGCACAGAGCAUCUCCUGUCGCUGCCAUCGCGCACUCGCCACGUCCACCCGACGCUGACGACGACGACGGCGACGGCGCACCCGCACGGCACCCUUCGGGCGUUUGGGAUCGCAUCGGACGUUUAG